AUGGCGGACGCACAGAAACAAUUGCAGGCCGCCUCGGAAGAGUUCCAAAAGCUCCAGACCGAUAUGGACGGCUUGGUCGAGGCUCGCCAGAAGCUCGAGUCCCAGCAGCAGGAAAACGAGAACGUUCGCAAGGAAUUCAAUUCGCUGGACGAUGAAUCGAACGUCUAUAAGCUUGUCGGACCGGUCCUGCUGAAGCAGGAAAAACAGGAGGCACUCAUGGCAGUCAACGGCCGCCUUGAAUUCAUCGAGAAGGAAAUCAAACGGAUCGAAGAAGAAAUCAAAGAAAACCAAGACCAGAGCGACAAGAAGAGAGCUGAGAUUCUACAGUAUCAAAGCCAAGUGCAACAGGCUACGGCGUCUGCGUCUGCUUGA